AGGAAAUAAGCGGUGCGAAACCCUUUCGUCGACCUUGUCAAAGCUGCUUCCAUUGCUGAUCCGCCACAGCGCUUUGCAGCUUGCGCAUCGGAUCCAAGGUUGUUCAUCAUGAGCGGCGGCACAGAGUCGCGUGAUGAGAUCGAGACGGUGGUGCAGCAGCACAGAGACGAUGGCGAGGCGCGAGACGAAGUGCGGCCGGACGGGCUGGAGCGGGUCCGGAGCAACAAGUCGAUUCCAAUCGGAUCGCUCGACCCCCGAGGCACGGCCAGUCUGACUCGGCAGCUCACUGCGCAGAGUAAGGUCACGACGACGUACGAUGCCGAUGGUGACGAUGUGGAAAAGGACACGAGGCCGGCGACGGCAGAUCCGUUCGACGAAGCGGGCCGCUUCGACCUCGAGACGUUCCUAACGCAGAUUCUCCAGAGGCGCGAUGAAGGCGGGCACGGGAGUCGGUCGAUGGGCUUGGCGUUCCAGGACUACACGGUGACUGGCAUCGGCGCUGGCGUGGGCCUCUCCAAGAGCAUCGGCGACGUGCUGACGGAGCCGCUGAGAAUCGGCUCUACGAUACGGGCGAUGCGCUACCCACCUAUCAAGACGAUCCUUCACGGUUUCGAGGGCCACGUCAAGCCGGGCGAGAUGCUCUUGGUGCUGGGAAGGCCGGGAAGCGGAUGCACUACGCUGCUUAAAUCCCUGGCUAGCUACCGGGACGGCUUCCGCUCCAUCACGGGCACCGUGUCCUACCAGGGCUUUGAUCAUACCAUGAUUGAUACGCUCCUUCGUUCUGACGUCGCCUACUGCCCCGAGGACGACAUCCACUUUCCUACGCUCACCGUUGGGCAGACGCUCGAUUUCGCUGCAGCAACCCGAGCGCCCCAGGCACGGAGAAGGGUCAUGUUCACAACGGCAAGCAACAAGCGCAGCGAGUACAUCAGCCUGGUCCGACAGGUCCUCGGCACUGUCCUUGGUCUGCGCCACACCUUCAACACCAAGGUCGGCAACGAGCUGAUCCGCGGUGUCUCGGGCGGUGAAAAGAAGCGCGUGAGCGUGGCCGAGGUCAUGGCAACGAGGGCAAAGAUUCAGCUGUGGGACAACAGCAGCAGGGGCCUCGACGCAUCCACAGCCGUCGAGUUCAUUCGCGCCCUUCGGAUCGGCACCGACCUAGGAAAGACGACGACGAUCGCCUCCAUCUACCAGGCCGGCGAGUCGCUGACGAGGAUGUUUGACAAGGUGACGCUGCUGUACGAGGGAAGGCAGAUCUUCUUUGGACCCGUCGAAGAGGCCCUCGGCUACUUUUACGAGAUGGGCUACGAGCCGCACCACCGUCAGACGACAGCUGACUUCCUCGUCAGUCUGACUGACCCUUAUGCCAGAAUCGUGAGGCCGGGCUUCGAGAGCCGUGCACCGCGGACCGCGCAGGAGUUUGAGCACUACUGGCGAGAGUCGCAGCUGGGCAAACGCUGCCACGAAGAGACGACGGCGUAUCUCGAGGAGCUUCGUCAGCUCAACAAGGACGAGACGUACAAGCGCGACUACACUUCGCUCUUCAAGCAGGACAAGGCCAAGCACACGAGACCAAAUUCGAGAUUCAUCAUCUCUUGGCCCCAGCAGAUCCGCCUGGCCAUCAAGAGGAGAGCCCAGGUGUUAGUGGGAGACCUGCCUACGCAGAGCAUCGUCAUUGGCGCCAGUGUCUUCCAGGCCCUCAUUAUUGGAUCCGUCUUCUACAAGAUGCCGACCGACACCUCUGGCUUCUUCUCUCGUGGUGGUGUCCUCUUCUUCUCGCUCCUCUUCAACGCCUUUACUGCCAUGACUGAGGUCACCAUCGGCUACUCGCAGCGGCCUAUCGUCAUUCGCCAGAAUCGCUUCGCCAUGAUCCACCCCUCUGCAGACGCGCUGGCGAAUACCCUGCUUGACCUGCCCAUCCGUUUUGCCACCAUUCUGGCCUUUGGCGUCGUCAUCUACUACCUCACCGGGCUCAGCUACACGCCCGAUGCCUGGUUCAUCUUCCUCUUCACCGUCCUCCUCGUCACCAUCACCCUCGUCGCCUUCUUCCGCAUGCUGGCGGCCCUGACGAGGUCCGAGGCUGUCGCCACGAUGCUUUCCGGUCUGGCCAUCAUCGACAUGGCCCUCUACGCCGGCUACGUCAUUCCACGUCCGUCGAUGGUCGUCUGGUGGAAGUGGCUCUCGUACUGCAACCCGAUCGCCUUUACCUUUGAGAUCCUCAUGACCAACGAGUUUCGCAAGCUCAAGAACGUGCCCUGUCUUUCCCUCGUGCCUUCGGGCCCGGGGUACGAGAAUGUCUCGCCAGCCAACCAGGUCUGCGCCGUCACUGGUGGUCAGCCCGGUGCGACGACCAUUGAUGGAUCAGAGUAUCUCGAGGUCAACUACGGAUACACGUUUGCUCACUCGGGCAGGAAUGCCGGCAUCACCAUUGCCUUUUUCAUCUUUUUCAUGAUUAUCUACUGCUUCGCUUCCGAGUGGCAAAAGGACCCAGCCGCGACGGGCGGAAGAAUGGUGUUUUUGCGGUCCAAGGCACCCAAGUAUGCCCUCGAUGCCGCCUAUGCUGUUGGCGACCUCGAAAGCGACGGCGAAAAGGGCGGUUCGUCGUCGGCCGCUUCGUCGCCCAAGACGGACGCCGACGUCGAAAAGAUGAGUCCGAAUGCCAUCGCCGCUGCAGAGGCCAAGGAGGACGAGGAAGUGAAGCGGGCAAUUCAUGCGUCGGACGACGUCUUCUCGUGGCACAAUGUCAACUUUGACAUUCUCAUCAAGGGCGAACCGAGGAAGCUGCUCAACAAUGUGUCUGGGUAUGUCGCGCCCGGCAAGCUCACCGCGUUGAUGGGCGCUUCGGGAGCGGGUAAGACGACGCUGCUCAACGUCCUCGCCCAGCGCGUCGACUUUGGCGUCAUCAGCGGCGACUUCAUGGUCGGGGGCAGACCUCUCCCUCGCUCGUUCCAGGCCGACACGGGCUACUGCCAGCAGAUGGACACGCACCUCUCGACGCAGACUGUCCGUGAGGCUCUCCAGUUCUCGGCCCUGCUCCGUCAGCCGGCCGAGGUGCCGCAGGAGGAAAAGCUCGAGUACGUCGAGACGGUCAUUCGCAUGCUCGAGAUGGAGCCGUUUGCAGAGGCCAUCGUGGGCGAAGUCGGCGAGGGUCUCAACGUCGAGCAGAGGAAGCGCCUGACGAUUGGCGUUGAGCUCGCCGCGCGGCCCAAGCUCCUCCUGUUCCUCGACGAGCCCACGUCCGGACUCGAUGCGCAGGCUGCAUGGAGCGUCGUUCGAUUUCUGCGCAAGCUGGCGGACGCCGGACAAGCUAUUCUCUGCACGAUCCACCAGCCAUCGGCCGAGCUCUUUGACCAAUUCGACCGACUGCUCCUCCUCAAAAAGGGAGGUGAGACGGUCUACUUUGGCGAUCUGGGCCAUCACUGCGAGACGCUCCUCGACUACUUCCAGAAGCGGUCCGGAGUGGAGUGUGGACCCGACGAGAACCCCGCAGAGUACAUUCUCGAUGUCAUUGGCGCCGGUGCGGCGUCGACGGCCACGCGAGACUGGCACAAGCUCUUUUUGGACAGCAAGCUGUGCAAGAAGAUGCAUACCGACAUCCAAAGGAUCGAGUCUGAGCAGCAGGCGCGACAGCGAUCCAAGGAGGACGAGUCGAGAGGCAGUAGGGAGUAUGCUGCCUCGUUUGCGACGCAGCUCAGACUCGUCACGAAGCGUGCUUUCGUCCACUACUGGAGGUCGCCCGUCUACCUGAGCGCCAAGCUGCUGCUCAACCUCGUCGCUGGCCUGUUCAUCGGCUCUUCCUUCUGGGGCCAGGGUCGCCUCUACUCGGUCGCCUCGCUGCAGAACAAGCUCUUCUCCAUCUUCAUGGCCCUCGUCCUGUCCACGUCACUCUCUCAGCAGCUCCAGCCCGUCUUUAUUUCGUUCCGUGGCCUGUAUGAGGCGCGCGAGAGGCCGAGCAAGGCCUACUCGUGGCCCGUCAUGCUCUUCGCCGCCCUUGUCGUUGAGAUUCCCUGGAACAUGGUCGGUGGGACCCUGUUCUGGCUCCCCUGGUGGUUCAUGAUCCAGUUCAGCUUCAACAGCGCUCGCUCCGCCUAUUCGUGGGGUGCGCUGAUGCUCUUCGAGAUCUACUUCCAGACCUUUGCAGCCGCUAUGGCAGCCCUCGCUGCCAACGCCAUGCUGGCCAGCGUUCUGUUUUCCGUCUUCUUCAGCUUCGUCAUCGUCUUUUGCGGCGUCGUGCAGCCUCCGCCGCAGAUGCCAACGUUCUGGUCGACGUGGAUGGUGCCCCUGUCGCCCUUCACCUACCUCCUCGAAGGACUGCUCGGAAACGUCCUGGCAGGCGAACCCGUCGAGUGCACGGCAAAGGAAGCCAACAUCGUCAUCCCGCCCGCUGGCCAGUCGUGCGACGCGUAUCUCGGCCGCUUCCAGCAGACGAGCGCCGGCUACUACACGACGUUGCCAGAUGGAACUUGCUCGUACUGCCAGUACAGGCAGGCCGACACGUACCUCACGCUGCUCAGCACGAACAACUUCAAGCUCGAUGUGGGGCACCGCUUUAGGAAUCUGGGCCUCAUCGUGGCCUACAUUGCCUUCAAUGUGGGCCUCUGCUUUGUCCUCUUUUAUGUAGCGAGGAUCCACCAGUGGAAGGGCACGGGCAAGAAGGCAAAGGCGGCCAGCAAGGCCAAGGAGCCUGUCCAGGCGGUCGAAGAGGCCGUGACAAAGACGAACCCGCAGGCCGCCACGGGCGAUGCGCUCAUGGAUGAAAACGACGCCAAACGGCCACCGAUCUAAUAUUGUCUCGUUUAAUUGCGACUCUCCCUCGCUUCACCUCUCCUUCUCUCUCUUUCGCUUCCUGACUUCUCGCCUCAUUUGUUUUCGCAUACCUUGGACGGGCUUUUUUACGUUGUGUUCUGUACAUAGACUAUGCUGAAUGGAUUGCUGGAGAGCCUCAUCAUCAUGGGAAGCUCGCUCCUCCGUAUCGCUAAUCAAAUGUCCAUUCUGC